AUGGGCAAUUGUGUUGGUGGUUUUAAGCAGAACAAAAGAAAAUUACACCACAAAAAAGUUAGAAAAAUACGAAUUUGCAUUUUGGGUAUAGAUGGUGCAGGGAAAUCAACAGCUAUAUGUUCAUUAGCUUCAGGUGAAAUAAAUAAUGUUUUACCUACGAAUGGUUUCACGUUACACGAAUUUAGAUAUCGAAAAGCUGAAAUUAUUGCAUAUGAUUUGGGUGGUGGUGAACGGAUACGUUCGAUAUGGAAAAAUUAUUAUCCUGAGGUAUUUGGUGUAAUUUAUAUUAUUGAUGGAAGCGAUGAAGAUCGUAUCGAAGAGAGUGGUCAAUUGCUAAAAGAUGUAAUUAGUGAUAAGGAUUUAAUGAAUAAACCAUUUUUGAUAAUUUUAAAUAAGAAAGAUCGUGGGAGAUGUAUUGAUGAAAUUCAAUUCACCGAUCGAUUCAAUUUACAUAAUUUAGCAAAUCGAUAUCAAACACAAAUUCGAGUAGAAAUUUGUCAAUCAAAUGCGGGUAGUGGACGAAUGAUUGAUGUGACACUAAAAGAUGGCUUUGAAUGGUUAUUAGAACAAAUUUAUUAUAAUUAUGAUGCAUUAGAGAAGCGAGUAAAUGAAGCAUUAGAAAAGCUUAAACGUCGACAAAAUGAGGAACGAAUAAGACGACAACAUCAUCUUGCUGCUACAAUUAGCAGUUCAACUAUUUCGGAAGAUGAGAAAAUUAGUGAUGCAGAUGUAAUUGAAGUAGUAGCACAAAAUGAUAAGCAACAAAAUGAUCAAAUGAUUAUUUCAUCACAAAAAGCAACUAUCAAUCAGAUAAAUAAUUCAGAAAAUGGAAAUGAAGAAAGUAAACGAAAAAGGUGUCUACGAAAUAUGAUUAGUCCAAUGGAUAGUUUAUCUCAUACAUCCAAUGAUCUAGUAAAGAUGAAAUAUCCGCAAAUAUUUGAAGUAUCAUCGUCGGAAGUUUCAAAAAAGACAGCAAGUGUACAAACAGUUGAAAUGUUCGAUAUGAAUGGAGACAUACAAUCAACAUCAAAACCAAUUCGUAUUACUCAACUUGUGCCAAUGUCAGUUAUACGAAAGGAACGACCAAAGCAUUCUGCUCGACUAAUUCGUAGAAGGACUGAUUCAGUUUAA